UCAAUGGAUAAAGCAAAUUACUUGGAAGUGUCUCAGUUUGUGUUCCUUGGACUUUCUAUCUAUAGACCAGUACAGUACUUCCUCCUCACCUUCUCUACAGUGUUUUAUGUAAAAAUUGUUUUAGGAAACCUCCUUUUUGUGUUUACAGUGACUUUCAACAGUAAUUUACAGUCUUCCAUGUACUUUUUUUUAGCUAACCUCUCAUUUAUUGAUUUCUGUUUUUCUACUUUAAUGGUUCCUAAGAUGAUAUUUGACUUGUACACUGGGCACAAAACCAAAUUCUUCCAGGGAUGUGUUAUCCAGAUGUUUGGCCUUCACAUCCUGGGGGGAUCGGAGAUGCUCAUUGUCAUGGCCUUAGACUGAUAUGUGGCCAUAUGUAAACCUCUCCACUACCUGACUGUCAUGAGCCCACAAAUAUGCUUGCUGUUUCUUUCUGGUGCUUGGGUUAUAGGCCUCAUUCACUCAGUGGCACAGUUAGCUUUUGUUGUUCAUUUACCUUUCUGUGGUCCUAAUGAGAUAGAUAGCUUUUAUUGUGACCUUCCUUGGUUUAUCAAACUUCCUUGCACAGACAUCUACAGAAUGGGAUCGAUGGUUACUAUCAACAGUGGGUUCAUAUCCAUGGGCACUUUAUUCUUGUUGAUUAUCUCAUAUAUUUUCAUCCUGGUCACUGUACAAAAAUGCUCUUCAGAUGGUUUUUCUAAGGCCCUUCCUACUCUUUCAGCUCACAUCACUGCGGUGGUUUUGUUCUUUGGAUCAUGUAUCUUUAUUUACAUGUGGCCAUUUCCCACAGUGCCAGUGGAUAAGUUUCUUGCCAUUGUGGAAUUUAUGAUUACACCCAUUCUGAAUCCUAUUAUCUACACAUUGAGGAACAAAGAUAUGAAGAUGACAAUGAACAGACUGAGUAUUCAACUCCUUAGUUUGAGGAAGAUCUAUUAA